GGUACACAAGAUAGCUGGUCUUGGAGUCCAGUACUACUCCACACGACGCCUUGUAAAUCUUUACCGACGGAUUGGACGGAAGCAUGGCAGGAGUACGUGGAAAGAAAUCGCAAAAGAAAAAGCGUGUUAACACGACAAGGCCCGGUAUUGAAAGGAAGAGGAAAGAAAAGAAGGUGAAAGUGCUAAACCAAACUUUGCGCAAGAGCUGGGACCAAGAGAAAACAUUGAAGCAGAAUCUUCAGAUUCUUGGUUUGGCUUUUGAUGCUAAUUCAGCUAUUCCUAUCCCAAAGUCAAAAACUAAGGGUUAUAAAGAUGAAAAAGUGGAAGCCAUGGAGGUAGACAAAAAGGAACCAACAACAGUUAUGAGAGAAUUUGAACAAAUGGCUGCUAAUGAAAAGAAAUGUGAAAGGCAUAUUUCUCCCGGUGAAGUGCAGUUUUUAUGGCAACUUAUUGGUGAUCACGGCAACAACUACAAAGGUAUGGCGAGGGACAAAAGGAACUGUUAUCAACAUACACCAAACCAGCUGAAAAGAAAAUGUGAAGCUCUAUUAAGAUCAAAACAGAAUUUCAGUGGAUAUCUUGAAAAAAUUAGUUAAAAAUGUAUACCGGAAAUUACGAUGGCUCAACAAGAACUGUUCAAAGAAUGUCUGAGAGUCGUCUAUUUUAUGUCAACCGCAAAGUUUUCGAGCAGAUUAUCGUUACCUGUUAAGGACUUGGUAUAAUUCAACUUAAGUAUGGUGACAAAGAAUGCUUCACUAGUUUCGCAGUUGAAGAGAGGAAUUCAGGUCUUUUCGUCCAGAAGUUUUCGUUGCCUUCCCGUUUCUUUCGCGUGAAAUAAUUAAACGGCAAGCAAGUCUUUAUUUUUGCCACUACAGUCGACUCCCGAUAAACCUUCAAGGGAAAUUGAAGAAAGUUCGAGUUAUCGGGAUUUGAUAAAAAAUGACUAGAAAUAAGAGGAAAAAAGGUGUUUUAAAAAUGUUUUUCUUUAUAUGCAGUGUACAUUUUAAUCAAAUUUGAUUACAGUAUAGAGAAGCCGAGUGAAAAAAAAGACAAUACAUCUCUAAAUUACUGUAUAAAUCGGAACGUAACGUAAUGUGAAAAAUGUAACAAAGGAAUGCAGCGGGGAGAGGUCCAGUAACUGCGAACCGUACAGGUUUUUUUUUUUAUGAGAACAAUGUCGGGCUACUGGUAAAAAUAACCUCAUGCGAUUUAAAAAGGAGUUAGGAAGCAACACUUUGUGAAAACCAGCCGAACUUGAACUGAACUGACACGUUUUGUGUAAUGUAAAAGAAAGGAAACAGUUCACACGGCUGCUUCAAAAUAAAUUUAAGGUUUUGGACAA